UUCAACAAGACGAAAAAAUAUACUUGACGGGAGACGCUACCGCGUCUCCAGAUUACAUUGAUUGUUUGUGUUAAUGCAUUUGCAGGUUUUGUUAUAUCUACCUUUUGCACAACUAUUUCGUCGGCCUUCACCUUGUCAACCGGAAGUUUCUGUACGACAAUGAUAAUGACUGGAUGUUAUUGGCCAACAGAGGGAAUGCCGACAUGGCUUGACUGGAUUAGCUACAUAUGGCCAACUACAUUGCCCACCCAAUCUUUGAGGGGAAUCAUUUACAAAAAUUCUUCCAUUUCUGAUUCGGAAGUUUAUAUUGGUUUUAUAACAACAUUAGGGUGGACAGUGCUGUUCUUUGUCGUAACUAUAUUUGGUAUGAAAUUGAAAUCGUAGUAUUAUUAGAGGUUUUUUGUCUACAUUAUAUAAAUACAGUCUUGCAUUGUCUACAAACUGCAGUAGAUAAAUGUGCAGAGUGAGCCUUUAAAAGUCUUAUUGAUUUAUGUGUUUAAGGAAAUGUAUAAUUAUUCGUAUUGUUACCAGUAUAUAAUUAGCAAAUGUAGAGGUCAUUAUUAGACGACCCAAGUGGCAAACAGCGUAGAGUAUUUAUUUCAUAGGUUACAUCCAACAUUUUUACCAUCCGGAUUGUAGUCAGACGUGCUUUGUAACACGAAUCUUGGUGACAGGUGCCUUAACGCGCGCGCGAAAUACAUGUGUUUAAUUUUAUAGUUAAAUAUUGAUUGAUACGUCCUGACUUCUGGUAUUUUAAAUCCUUGAAAAUGAACGCAAUUCGGUGAUCAAAACGUUGGAUGUAAGCUAUUAAAGAAAUAAUUUACACCAUCUGCCACUUGGGUAGUUGGUCGUCUAAUAAUCCUCUCCCCUACACUUUAUAAUUAUUUUCUCCGUUUAAAUAGGUGUGUGAGAUAUUGUUUGCUUCAAACGAAUAAAAAUUCAUGAACUGAA